UUGAAGAAGCCACGUGAUGAAUCAUACUUCCUCUAAGAGUUAGGCCUCAACUAUUUGUGUCUCUUCAUUUACAUUUUGCACAUACGGGGAUGGCGAGUACGAGAAUCACAAACCUUCAGAAUGUUGUUAAACAAGUGCCGCUUAUUCAGACUCCUCAGCAGAGCGCUGCAGCACAGGGAGCCGUUCAGAUGAGGAUAAAAAGCUCCCAGAGCCCCGGAGACCGUCUGAGCCAGUCCAAGUCCAUGGUCCUGCAGGACUCUGACCUUCCUCAGAAACCUCUGUCUCGACAUCGCAGGAAUCAAUCCCAGCACGGUGUGGUUCUUUCAGUAGCAACAGCAUUUGAACCACUGGUGGACCUGAAAGGUGAACACCUGAACGUCGCUAAGAUCUCAGACAACGGUAAGAAGCAGAGGAAGAACUGGACUUCGAUGUGGACUGUGCUGACCACAGAUGAACUGCUGCUGUAUAAAGACAAACAGGAAACUGGUGUGAAACCAGGAGGUAAAACUGAUGUGGUUCAGCUUUGUGGCGCCGUCAUUGAGUGGGCAGCGGAGAAGUCAAGCAAGAAAAAUGUCUUCCAGAUCACAACUAACACAGGAAGUGAAUACCUCAUCCAGGCUGACAGCUUCCCCACUGCCAGCAGAUGGCAUGAAGCCAUCAGAAAAACUGUCGACUCAUCAACGAGAGACGGCAGAGGCUUUGCUCUGCGGAGGUCCAACAGCUCAGAGUUGCUGUCCAGGCACAGCUCCUUACCUGGACAUGGAUCCGUCUCACCCAGCAUGAAGCAAAGAAACCCAGUUCACAGACGCUCCAUCAACAUGUUUGGAGGCUCGAAGCUGAAACACAGCGCCUCAGACAGUGCAGACAAGAAUGGAGUGAAGAACAGACUGAAGAAGUUCAUCAUCAGACGUCCGUCCAUGAAGACAUUGCAGGAGAAAGGCCUCAUCAAAGACCGAGUAUUUGGUUGCCACCUGCUGACACUCUGCGAUCGUGAAGGAACCACAAUUCCUAAAUUUGUAAGGAUUUGUUUAGAAGCUGUUGAGAAACGAGGUUUAGACGCAGACGGGAUCUACAGGGUCAGUGGAAAUCUGGCCACAAUCCAGAAACUUCGCUUCAUUGUUGACCAAGAGGAAGAGCUGGACCUGGACCACAACCAGUGGGAGGACGUCCACGUCAUCACAGGAGCUCUGAAGAUGUUUUUCCGUGAGCUGCCGGAGCCGCUGUUCCCCUUCACGUUCUUCCAGCAAUUUGUGGACGCAGUCAAGAUUAAAGAAACCAAACAGAAAACUCAGGCUGUGAAGAAACUGAUCCAUCAGCUGCCGAAGCCCAACCAUGACACCAUGAAGCUGCUCUUCAGCCACCUGCAAAAAGUUCUGGCUUUUUCAAGGAAGAAUCUGAUGUCCACUCAGGGAAUCGGUAUUGUGUUUGGACCAACACUGAUGUGGCCUGAGCUGGAUGCAGGAAACAUGGCGGUCAACAUGGUUUACCAGAACCAGAUCGUGGAGUUCAUCCUAAUCGAGAGCCGAGAGAUCUUUGACCUGGGCAGGAUGUGAGACGGGCAGGAAGUCAGAUGAGACUGAUGGACUCAGAUUCACUCAUCACCAGAAUAUCAUUCAGCUGAUGCAGUGUUUGGGGCCUGGAGUGUAUAAAGGAUUAAAUGUAUUACAUCAUUAGAUCAAAAUUCAUCUAAUAGUUUGUUUUAAAAACACAAACUUUUGAAGUUGAUCAAAUAAAUCUGUAAAUAUUCAACUAUUUUGACAUUACAAGAUAAAUGUGACUGCUGCUUAUUUUCAUUUGAACUGAAUUUAGGUAAAAAAAAAACACAUUUAUUUUAAAAACAAUGUUUGAAUUUAUUAAACAGAUAGUUGUAUAUAAUAUGUUACUGUCCUUUCAGCCCUGCUGUAUGAUGAAAAAUAAUAAAUAUCACAACUUGUGUUUGUUUUUGGACUCAACACAUCUAUCAAAUUUAAAAAAUGUGAUUUGAAGAGAAACUUGUGUCUCUAAAGGGUUUUUAUGCGAAAAAUAAUAUUUAGAGGCAACAUAUUUGAUAUCAGUAACACUUUAUUUUUGUCAUUGAGGAGGCCAGAAGAUUGUGCUUUAAACACCGGAGGAAAAAUAAUGAUUUGACAUCUAUAAUAGAAAUAUCAGCUAUUAGUUUAAAAUAAAUUAAGUAAAAUAAAUAUAGCAAGUAAAAUACAAAUGUAGAAAAUAAUUGAAAAUACAGUACAAUAUGUAGGUGGAAAUAAAUAUUGCAAACAUUAAAUGAUUAAACAUUACAGGGAAAUAAAUAGUAAUCUAAAUCCAGUAAAAAAAUACUUUAAAAUAAUGCCAUGAUGCAGAAAUGUUCAAUAAUUACACAAAAAUAAUUACAGUAGAAUAGACAUAGUUCAAUUAUGGUAGUGAAAUAAAUACAGUAAAAUAAAUACAAUCAUUGAAAAUCAGUGACUGUGACUACAAAUACCAGAAAUAGCAAAUACAGCACAACACUUCCAUAACAUCUGAAUCCCACAGACAUAAACACACCACAGGUCUAACGGACACUAUCCAGCUCAUGAUGCGUUUUGGUGAAAUUCGUUUACUGUAUUCUCUCUGAAGGAAACGUAAUGUUUGUAGAAACUGUCAGGAGCAGCUGAGGAAUUCUCCAGCAAUAACAAUGAAAUUAAAAAUUAAUAUAAAAAAGUAUCAAAAUGUCCAGUAAUAAAAUAUAAAAUGUUGAAAAAGGCCAACACUUGGACUAGUAAGUUUAAACAUUCAUGAAAAGAACAACUGAAACUCAAGACAGGGCAGCAAAAAUGAUUGAAAAACAAUUAUUAUAGCACUGCAAACUCAUAAAGCAAUGAUGUGCAAAUAGAUGAAAUUAUUUGAGGUAAUUUUUUUCCGAAAAGGUUUAUAUAGUGUAAAUAAAAUCAAAAUCAGAUGACUAGGCAGUGUUUAUUUUAAUUAUAUUGCAAUUUAAAAGCAUUAUUAUUAUUUAAUUAUUUUAUUUUAUUAUUAUUACUACUACUACUAUUAUUAUUAUUAGUUGUUGGAAGAUAAAGACUGCUUCAAAAAUCCCAAAAAUGUCAUUUCUAAUAUUGUUUUUCAAUCAGGAGAAAUACAAAAAAUCAAUCCUGAGGUGAAAAUACUCUGUUUUCUCAAUUUUGUCAGGAAAGUGUCUAACAGUUCAAAGAUGAUUAAAGAUGAUGCUUCUAAUAUAGCACGUUGAUGCAUCAAUGUGCAUUAUUUGGGUUAUACUUAAGAAAAAACAGCAGCAGAAGCCUCAGGCUACUGUCUUCUAAAGUUCAGGUUUUAAUACUGCAGAAAGACAAAUUGAAUUCAAUGAAUGGAUCAGAGUCACAGGAAGUAAAACAAACAGCUUUGUUUUUCUGACAGAAGAAAACAAAUCAAGAUAUUAUUGGCUGUUAAAGAGGAAAGUUGAGGAAAUGAGUGUUUCCUGUAAAGGCAGAGUGGUGACGACAGGAGAGUUGAGAAAAGAUCUUCAGAAACAAACAAA